UCGAGUUCUUACCCUUUAAGAACUUUUGGGGAUUGGAGAGUUUGGUUUGCCGGAGAUGGGAAGUCCAGGACACUCGGGCCAUUGGCCUCGGGUGGUUUGGGCCAUGGUGUUUUGCCUUAUAGCCACUAGUGUAGCUGCCUAUGAGCCCUACAUUUAUGCUUCGCCGCCACCACCAAAGCAUUCUCCUCCGCCACCGUACUACUACAAGUCACCACCACCACCCAAGCAUUCUCCUCCACCACCAUACUACUACAAGUCCCCACCGCCGCCACCAAAGCAUGUAGAGCAUCCGCCAUAUUACUACAAUUCACCACCGCCCCCAAAGCAUUCUCCUCCACCACCAUACUACUACAAGUCUCCACCGCCGCCACCGAAGCAUGUAGAGCAUCCACCAUAUUACUACAAGUCACCACCUCCCCCUAAGCAGUCUCCUCCACCACCUUAUUACUACAAGUCACCACCGCCCCCGAAGCAUUCUCCUCCACCACCAUACUACUACAAGUCUCCACCACCGCCAUCGAAGCAUGUAGAGCAUCCGCCAUAUUACUACAAGUCACCACCUCCCCCUAAGCAUUCUCCUCCACCACCUUAUUACUACAAGUCACCACCGCCCCCAAAGCAUUCUCCUCCACCACCAUACUACUACAAGUCUCCACCACCACCACCGAAGCAUGUAGAGCAUCCACCAUAUUACUACAAGUCACCACCCCCCCCUAAGCAUUCCCCUCCACCACCUUAUUACUACAAGUCACCACCGCCCCCAAAGCAUUCUCCUCCACCACCAUACUACUACAAGUCACCACCGCCCCCUAAGCAUUCUCCUCCGCCACCUUAUUACUACAAGUCACCACCGCCCCCAAAGCAUUCUCCUCCACCUCCUUACUACUACAAGUCUCCACCACCACCAAAGCAUGUAGAGCAUCCACCAUAUUAUUACAAGUCACCGCCACCUCCAAAGCAUUCUCCUCCACCACCUUAUUACUACAAGUCACCACCACCUCCAAAGCAUUCUCCUCCAUCACCUUACUAUUACAAGUCUCCACCACCACCAAAGCAUGUCGAGCAUCCCCCAUACUAUUACAAGUCACCUCCACCACCAAAGCACUCUCCUCCACCACCUUACUAUUACAAGUCUCCACCUCCACCAAAACACUCUCCUCCACCACCAUACUAUUAUAAGUCCCCACCACCACCACCAAAACAUUCUCCACCUCCUCCUUAUUACUAUAAAUCCCCACCACCCCCCUCACCAUCUCCCCCACCACCCUACUACUACAAAUCACCACCUCCCCCGUCACCCUCACCACCACCCCCAUAUGUUUACAAGUCGCCACCACCACCAUCACCGUCACCACCUCCACCAUACUACUACAAAUCCCCUCCCCCUCCCUCUCCAUCUCCUCCACCUCCAUACCACUAUAACUCACCACCUCCACCAUCUCCAUCACCACCACCACCAUACUACUACAACUCACCACCUCCACCAUCUCAUUCCCCACCACCUCCAUACCAUUACAACUCCCCACCUCCACCAUCUCCAUCUCCACCACCCCCUUACUAUUAUAAGUCACCACCACCACCAUCACCAUCACCUCCUCCUGCAUAUCACUACAGCUCUCCUCCACCCCCAUCUCACAAGCAACAUCCCCAUCCUCCAUAUUACUACAAAUCACCCCCUCCACCUUCACCCUCACCACCUCUACCAUACUAUUACAAGUCACCCCCACCACCAAAACACUACUAAGCUGCAAUUUGCCCCUUGAAUCAAUCUGUUUGAAGUGUUUGUGCAAGAAUAACUAGCUUCCUUUGGAGCUAUGCCGAAGACAUUUUUAGCAAUAUUGUUUUCAUUCUUGGAAAAAUGUACUCGUGAAUAAAUCAAGAGCUGAAAAAUGGAGACCUUUUGGUUAACUUAUCUGUAAGAAGCAUUUGUUGUAUAAUUUCUUGUAAGCAAUAAAUGUCUGAAAUUCUAUUCUACCA